AUGGAUAUUCCAAGCGACAUGAUGGCCUCCUCUCCUAAUGACUCGAGCGAUACUUCCCAAAAUGAGAUUCAAAUGGACAUACAGCGAGCAGCUCUGGAGGAGUGGGAGCGAAGUUGGGCACCAGAAACGCGGGAGCCUAAUUCUCAAAUGAACGAUGACACCAAUAUCCCAUUGAUUUACUUUUCCCGCGAGGAAGAAGAGAAAAUGAGUCAAGAUCUCUUUCCGUGGCCCUGGGAAACUAAGACAUCCUGGCGUGCACCAAUCGGGGCUACCAGCAUGCAUGAGAAGUUUCAGCGCACUGUAACUGGUCUCAAAAAGCAAUUAGAGCAAAUACAAAAGUAUAGAAUGAAGCGAGACAACAUCACUGAUUGGGCUUCAAAUCUACGUUUUCUCACUGGACCGGCACCUAUCGUGAGGGAUGACGACACUAUGAAUCCAAGGCCUACCGAGCAGAUGUGUGCUUGCACUUGCUUCUCAUGGGAGAAAAGCUUCGAGCGCGGCAAAGGGAUUCUGCCAGCCUGUUGUUCAUGCGCUAGUGCAGCAUCCCAUUUCCUUUCGGACUCCAGGGAAUUCCGCUUGAUACAGGAGACACCCAACUGUCAUCACUACAUUGCGGUUUCAUACCGAUGGUGGGUUAACAAUGACGAUACGGCGGUGGUGGAGGGAGCACAAGACUCUGAUGCCCAGAAGGCUGCAGGCUACUUGUCCACCGUCAUCGAUCGUGCAGUCAAGUUUUCCCUGCAUCAUGGCUAUCAGCUCGUUUGGAUCGACCAGAAGUGUAUCAUACAAAAUGAUAUGGCAGAUAAAACAAUAGGCGUCCAGGCCAUGGACCUUGUGUAUGAGAAUGCGUCUCUAUGCUUGGCGGUACUUCAAUGCAAGAUCACCUCUCAGGAGCAGAUAAGCGCCUUAAAGGAGGCUAUGGACGUUAGUCUUCAUCCAGUUUCAAACGAGAAAGAGUGGCGCAAAUGGAUAGAGUAUCUUGACCAUAAGGAGCUUAUUGCCAUGGCCGAGGUUGUUAAAAUGAUCACCGAAGAUGAAUAUUUCAGCCGGGCCUGGAUAGCUCAGGAGAAUACAGCUGCGAACGCCACAAUUCUGCUCUUGAAGUACGAUUCCCCGUUAAUACGUCCGGACUCUAUGGGCAGUCUCGACGGAGAAAUUCAACUGCCCCUGUGUGAGUUCCGGGUCGCAUGUGCCAAGUUAGCUGGCGCUUUUCAAGGCACCAUUGAAAAGAAAGUAUGGUAUUACGAACGAGAGGCAGCACGAUAUGAUGAAGAUGACUGGUUCGGUGACAGGCGGAAUUUUUUCAGACAUAACGGGUAUUUCCCAAGACCACCCUCCAUUGAGCAAUUCAAAGCGAGCAUAGAGCCAGAUCAACAAUGGAAGAUAUACUUUGACAGCUUUUUGCGCAAAUGCCGGGGAAGCCAUGUGGCACGCAGACAUCAGGGCCGGUAUCAUUGUUCCGCAGCUGAAGCUGUCGAGUUUCUUUCGACAAAGCAUAACUAUGAGAUUGCUGAUCGUCUUGCCAUAAUUGCUAAUCUCUGCAAUUAUGAGGUCCGUUUGGAUGGCCAGAAGCUUAAGGAGCUUGGAUAUGAUCUCGCUGUAUCUCUGUUCUGCUUGGCACUGUUGAAUGGAGACCUCUCGUUGGCGAGGCUGCCAGACGGAAUAGAGUACAAAGACCUUGGUGUUGAGCAGUUUUCAUGGGAUCAUAUCACGCUCCAGAUUAGUCACGGGCAGGAUGUUCUUCACCGAACCGUAGAUAUCGAGACUGGCCCAUCAUCAUUUUCAUGGGCUCCCCGUCUGAGGGAAGGCUUUAUGGAAUCCCCACGCAUAUAUAAGGACAAUAAGCGUUAUGCUCUUGAAUUUCUUGGCCCGAAACCUAGGCUCCAUAUGUACGGGUGGUUGUGGCACAAGUAUGAGACCUUUGAUUUUUCUGAUUUUGCUAAAAUCUUUAAGAAAAGAUUAUCGAACAACCCAGAAGAGACUAAACACAGUUUCAGUCUGAAAGAAAAAUGGGAGAUGACUACCACCAACCAAUUAGACUGUUUUUGGGAUCUCAUUCAAGAACUUCGAAAUCGACAACUGAGUUCUGUUUCUGAGGCCUUAUGGAUUUCACUCUUAAUGUUCAACCAAGGUGUGGAGCACAUAUCUAGCACCGCGGAACGAUACACCUUACCGAAUUCCCUAGAUCCUAGAGAUGAUGACAAAUUACGGCUUGCCAUCCAUGAUAUAUCAUUGGAAAACUUCAAAGACUUCUUGCCCCUAGGACGCGAGUCAACAGAAGAUAUCGUCAUCCCUUAUUAUUGGAUGAUACAGAAUAUAAUUGAAGGCAACGCAAUCAAUCUCUGGAAACUCGAUGACACGCAUCUAAGCGAUUCCGACAACAUGACACAAUCUACAUCUAGGCCACAACACGCCUUCUUCAACGAUUACCACUCGAAGUCUCUCUUUACUCCUAUCACACGAAGCGUUGCCCCUAGAAGUCUACCCAUGACCCCCAUGGAUGAGCAACGACUACUCUCCUGGCCCGUGAAUGUGACUGAUUGUUCGGAUGAUGGACUUGGAGUUUGCAUAAAGGUAGAUCGUGUUGGCUUUGAUAAAGGUCAUCCGUUUAAUCCCGUCGUUGGAUUUUGGAACGUUAAUAGGAUUCCUACUAGACCUUAUAUACUACAGUAA